CUUCCAGAAGUGUUACGUCACACUCAAUGUAGUGACCCUAAACAGUGCACAUAGAGCAAUUUGGGAUCGAGCCGCUGCCUCUGUCUGUGUAACGGGGUUUUGUGCUGGUGCUGAUGCUGCGGUUGCCGGUUGUAAUGCUGAGACAUUAACGCUACUGAAUCCACCUCGACAUGGAGCACCAGGACAUGAUGAAUUCCGGAGAGUAUGGCCCUAGGGAGGACGUAGUGUCCACCAUGGCUGACGUGAACCUCCUCGACGGCCCUCAGGAGGACAUGAAGAACGGGACGGCGGCACACAUGAGGCCUAAGGACGGCCUGGGAAAAGAUGAGCAUCCUCUCACAGAAGCGACAGAGGAGUCAAAGCCUGAACCGACCUCUCGAGACGACGUAACCAAGGGUACAGAGCCUAAAGCUGCCUCCGGUCAUGAGGAUGUGGUGUCCGCUGCCCCAGGGACAGCAGGCGAAGAUACUUUAACACCAGAGGGGCUCGCUCCACCACACAGUGGUAGAAGCAGCGUGGCGUCUGUGGACAGGGAAGAGGAGAGUUUGAACGGGGACAUGGCUGGGUCUGUUGGUCCACAGCAGUCACCCAUGUCCCCACAUGCAUCACAAGCUGCUCUGGCUGAUGGUUUAGGGUCAGAGGUGCUGAGCUUUGACAGCCAGUUGAAGAUGAGUCCUUCGGAGGAGAUGGUUGGAAAACACAGUCCCAGUGGUUUUCAAGAUGAGAGAGAGGAAGAGGAAAUUGAGAAGCAAGGUAAAGAGGAAAAGAGCAAAGCUUUAAUAUCUGAUUAUGAGGAAGAGUUAGUGGAGGGUCCUGUCACACCCAAGACUCAUUCAAACAUAGAUCAACAGGAGGAACAAGAAAGAGAUGUAGAGGAAGAAGAAGUUCAAGAGGAAUCAGAAGUAGUUCCUCCAGUCCACAGCACUGUUAUCUCAGAUGCGUCACCACAGAAAGAUGAAGGCUUUGUCAUUAAGCCCUGUGAAACUCUACUCCAACCACAGAUGACUCCCGAUGAAGCAAAGAAACGAGGCCUGUCAUUUGACUACACCGAAACCGAGCUUGUUCAUCAGGGAACCCCUGACCGCUGGGAAAAUGGCUCUGACAAGACUCCUCCAGAGAGCAAAAGUCCUGACUCCUGCAGGGCUGACCCUGGUUCCCCUUUCUCCCCUGCUCCUGAUCAAACCCAAGAUUCACUGCUCUCUGACCACCAGAAUGAAGCCCAAGAGUAUGAAGCAGUGGAAGAACAGGACCUAGAAGUGAUCAGUAUUCCUACAGCUCAGCAGGAAAUCAUAGUUCCCAAGAUGGAGUCAGCAGCAGACACCCAACCUGAGGAUUCUAAAGAGGACAAACCAGAGAAGUACCUGGAGACAACUGAUGAAGAUCUCAUUGCUACUGUUGAAGCCACACAGAGUGCUGAACCUGUUGCCCAACCAGAAGAAACAGCAGCAUCUGUUGCUGAAUUUGAAGUUGAUGCUGGUGAAUCAAGUCCUGCAGAACCGAUUCAAGCAGCACCAAAAAAAACAGUACCCGUUAAAGACGCUGCCGUUAAAAAAGCAAAGAAGCCUAUUACUACGGCCACUGCAACCCCUGCCCCAAAAUCCACCCCAAAACUCGAGAAAGUCCCCUCAAAAGAUGCCGCGCCGGUGCGAAAAUCAAGCGCCUCAUCCAAAGCCAAGUCCGGAGCAGCAGCAGCUGAUAAAAAGACCCCUCCCACAUCCAAAGCAGACAAAGCUAGACUCACCUCCACCACAAAGCGAGCCUCAUCAAUCCCAGUACCCCCAUCUAAACAUACCUCCACCUCCGCUUCUCGGUCUGUCCCAGUUUGUGCCUCAGCCAGUGCCGCGUCUCUAAACUCUAAACCACACACUUUAGGAGCCCAGGAGUCCAGAGCCACACCCGGCGAUGCUAAGACGAAGACUAAACCUCAGGGUAUUGGCACCAAAAUCCCUGUGGAACCUCCUAAGACUCCUGAUCGUAGUGGCUGCAGCAGCCCUGCUACCCCGAAAUCUCCGGCCAGUCGCUGCAGCACACCUGGACAGCAGGUGAAGAAGAUAGCUGUGGUGCGCACUCCACCCAAAUCUCCCGGCUCUCUCAGAUCCCGUGCCCCGAUUGCUCCUGUCGCACCCAUGCCUGAUCUGAAGAAUGUCAAAUCCAAGAUCGGUUCCACUGAGAACAUCAAACACCAGCCUGGGGGUGGUAAGGUGCACAUCCUUGACAAGAAGAUGGAUCUGAGCAGCGUGCAGGCAAAGUGUGGCUCCAAAGCCAACCUCAAGCACACUCCAGGAGGUGGCAAUGUUCAAAUUGUGCACAAAAAGUUGGAUCUGAGCAACGUGCAGGCAAAGUGCGGCUCGAAGACUAACAUUCACCAUAAACCAGGUGGCGGAAACAUCGAGAUUAAAUCAGAGAAGCUGGAGUUUAAAGCUCAGUCGAAAGUGGGCUCUCUGGAGAACAUUGGCCACGUGGCCGGAGGCGGGGCCAGGAAGAGAGAGAAGGGGAAGGAAGCAGAGUCGGGGCCUUCGUGUGCCUCCCUCCACUCUAAUGGGGACACACCCUCUGACCCCCUGCACGGGGAAGUCAGUGCCCUAGAGCCGAACCACUCCAAUUGAGUCUCACAAGCUGAUGUUCCGCGAGCAGGCGAAAGCUCGCACUGACCACGGUGCGGACAUCGUGGUUAAAUCCCCCUGCAUGUCAGGAGAGGGUUCACCCCGCCCUCUCAGCAAAGUCUCCUCCUCCGGCAGCAUCAACAUGAGCGAAUCUCCGCAGCUCUCUACACUCGCAGACCAGGUGACCGCCUCACUCGCUAAACAGGGCCUGUGAGUCCACUUCCUGCUGCGGCUUCCUCGACCACCUCCACAUCAAGAAACACAAGGCUGUAACCUGUCAAUUUAAAAAAAAAGUCAUAAAAAAAAUCAAGCAUUUCACCUUUCAGUCUGUUUAAGAAAAAAAAAAAAAGUAAAAAAAAAAAAAAAAAAAGGUGCUUGCUGGAUUUCUUCAUGAAUUUUGGUUCUUGACUACAAGGGACUGAUCAUUGAUAACGUUAUUGUCCUGUUCUGUCUGAUUAAUUGGACUCGUAUGCUGCUGUAUUGAUCUGUUUAAUCAGUCACAGCACGUAGAAGCCCAUCUACAAUGCUAGAAAGUCCACUUUAUACCAUACGCCGACUUUUCCGUCUCUCUCCCCGUCUCUCUCCGUCUCUCUCUCUCUCUGCUUAGUUGCCUUAUUGUGAAAGCUUCCCUCUCAUCUGCCUUUAUUAAUUCAGUUCACUUAGACUAGUAUGGAUUUGUAUUUGUUUUUAAAUAUUUUAAUAAAUACUACCUGAAAUUGGAAUGUGAGGGAGACAACAAGCCAAAACGAGUUAGCAGGAAUCAUCGAGACCGUAUUUAACUCCGACUUUUUCAAGAACGAUGUAAAAGUUUUUUGGCCUACUGAGAAUUACCCACGUGCUUGCUGCAGAACUCAUGCAUGAUCCUGCUGUCAGACUACACACACACACACACACACACACUCUCUCUCUCUCUCUCUCUCUCUCUCUCUCUCUCUCUCUCUCUCUCUCUCUCUCAGCUCAGUGUUUUCUAAGGCUGGAGCUUCGCAAUUAAACAGGACCGUUGUUAGGGUUUAGAUUAGUUACAAUAAUAUGCUAAUUUCCCAGUGGAUCGACUAGUGUAAAUUUAUAAGCUAACAAGCUGUGAAGAAACAGGAAAUUUGUACUGAGGUCAAAGUGCUCAAGGAUCACAAUCAAAUAAAUAAAUAAAUAAAUAGUAUGUAUAUCUUUUCAUAUCGUAAGCUGACUAGCAGUGUCACAAAAGCCAUUACUACAAUAGCAGACCUGCCGAACUUUACAGCUUAGGAGCUCUAUACGUGCCAUCGCUCUGAUAAAAGAUGCUAGAAAAAACUUCUUUCUUUUCUCCAAACGGCAGAACAAAUGGACAUGUGAAUCUGGAAUGAUUGACAGUUGUGUACGUGUCUAAGUCACUGAUAACCCCGCCUCCUUCCUCCAUGUCACAGUAACAAGUCAGGACACAAAGAUAAAGCUUUCGUUCAGUCUUCUGUUUCACUGCAGAGAAUAUUAGCAAGUGCAGAUAUCUCGAAUGUGGACAAGUGUGUGCAAUAUUUCAUAUAAUAAAAUUAUUAUAAAUCAGAUUAUUUCAUCCUGUUUUUAGACGGGAAUUUACAUGCAAAUGUAUAACUUGUAUAAAUAAAAUUAAAACAUUACGUUUGCCAAUAUAAAUAUAUUCAUAUAUAUGUGUGUAUAUAAAUAUUUAUUUGAUUUCUCUAUAUUCGAGAUAUUUUCACUUGCUGACUCGACACUUCUGCAGUGUAAAGUCGAGCUGGACAUAAAACACUUAAACAUUAAAAUGAAGAGUUUCGUUAGUUCCUCACGGCAAACGUCCUGCUUCUGUUCAAUCAACUGACGAGUGAAACAGAAGACUAAACGUUUCUUCUUCAGGGUUCGGGUCUGUGAUGAAGGAGCAAUGAGUUUACAGAGCAGUCCUCCUGCGCUUUCUGUAGAGUUUAUACACUCGUUAGAAUUAAGUAGGGGGGGGAAAUUAAUACGAUUCUGAGUGUGUGAAUCGUUUACUGUGUAAUUUGCUUGUCUUCAGCCUCAAAUGAGCAUCUGUGCAUUGUGCCGUACUGUAACGCAACACACACACAGCUUAAUACUAAAUAUGUUAUAAUAAGUAAUCCAUUACGAUUAAUCAGAAACUAAUCACUUUACUGUGCUGAGUAACUCCACGUCCUGAACAUUAGUGCUGAGCUUUGCGCUGCUGGUGAGCUGCUCUAAUAAACACAUUCCUCAUUGUGUGUGUUUAAAUAUGACAAAUAACACCAGAGUAGAUCACAAUUCAUGUGAUUAAUAAAACAUCUUUAAUCCUCUCUAAAUAUGAAGCUCAAGCCUUAGAGAACAUACUGGCCAAUAUUUUCCUCUUUCCUGCUGCUUUUGGUGUCUGCAGAUUGCUAAUGUAGCUAACAAGUAAUGGAAGCUUGUAGCCACCAUCUAAAAAAAUAAAUCAUCACAUACAAGUCAUCUAAAGACACGGUUUCCAACAGUAUAACCCACUCUGAGUACAGCCCUCUUCCACACACACGUCUGUACUGUAUCACAGAGCCAAAUGAAGUGGGAUUUAUUCAGACAAACAGGUGGCUGAAAGCUUCUUCUUCUUCUUGUAGCUCCAGCAGUUAUCUUCAAACACCAGCCUUGUCCUAACUGAUCAGUGACACUGACACCUCCAUAGGUGACAGUGAAGAGAAUAAACACACAGAGACGACAUCAAAAUAAAGACUAAACAGCACUGAGAGGAUUUACAGGAUGUUCAGAGCCCUGGCUUAUGACACAAGCUUCAGCACAGUCUUUAUGAUUACAGCAGCAGGUUUUCACUUAAAUAUUCCUACAAACACACGCCUCGUUAUCCGCCUUCACAUGAUCCGAGAACACGUUAGAGUAACAUAACAAUUCUUAAUAAAUAAUCAGUAGUGAUAAAGGUAAUGACGUGUGAGUGACAGUUUAAAAAAAAAGUGCCUCCCUUUUCCUCGCUCACUAAAACUCUGAUCAAUGUAAAUAGUGACGGCUGAGGAUCUGAUUUAGGGAAAGGAAACGCAACAGAAAACAUGCGGCGCUGCUAUAAACCUGUUCUAAAUGAUGCCUUGAUUAAAGACAAAUCUUCUCCAACUCAUCACCUGCAGUCUAACUCAACCCACCGAACUCCUCAUCACACGAAAACAACUUGAGAACAAAAGAAAAUCAUGCACAAAUCCAAAACGAAGCAUUUAAUAGUGUUCCCGUAGACGUGAGCUGUGUUAGAGAUGAACACAUCUUUACUGUUUUUAUUUAUUUCCUGAUAUUUAUUACCUUUUUUUUAUAUCUUCAACGCACCUCGGCUUUUCUUCCGUUUUGAUAUUUAAAAAAAAAAAGUCAAAACUAAUCAUUCGACGUUACCGCGAGUCGCUUCUUCUUUCCC